AUGAUCGCGGUGCGGCGGGUCGGGGCCUUCGGCUCCCAGACGUGUCCGAAGUCUUCAGACGCCAAGCGCACAGGCUGGGUGACCGUUGGUACCGGGCGCAAGGACAGCGCAAUUUCCCACGUCCUACUUUGCAAUGUAACUCAGCGGGUGUCAUUCUGGUUUGUGGUUACAGACCCUUCGGAAAAGCACACCCUUCCUGCUGUUGAGGUACAGGAAGCCAUAAGGAUGAAUAGGAACCGGAUCAACAAUGCCUUCUUUUUGAAUGACCAGACUCUGGAAUUUUUAAAAAUUCCUUCCACUCUUAUACCACCCACUGACCCACCUGUGCCCAUCUGGAUUAUUAUAUUUGGUGUGAUAUUUUGCAUCGUCAUAGUUGCAAUUAUACUAUUGAUUUUAUCAGGAAUCAGGCAACGUAGAAGGAAGGACAAAGGGCCAUCUGAAGUGGAUGACACUGAAGAUAAGUGUGAAAACACAAUCACAAUUGAAAAUGGCAUCCCAUGCGAUCCCCUAGACACAAAGGGAGGGCACGUUAAUGAUGCCUUCAUGACAGAAGAUGAGCGACUCACCCCUCUCUGAAGGGCUGCUGUUCUGCUUCUCUAAGAAACUCAAUACUGGCUUCUCUGCAACUGCCGAGUGUCACAAAUUAUCAAGGGCAGAUUAUGUAUUUUGUUUCACCAUUCUUCUUUUGUAAGAAAUUUUGAAUGUGCAUGAAAGUGAAAAGCAAUCAGUUAUUCCCCUGAAGACCACUGGAAUCAUAAACUGUUGAGUACUCAAAAUAUUCUAAAAUAUUUCUCUGAUGACACAGUGCGUAAGUGUAGUCAUGUGGCGUUUGUAGUUACUGAUUUAAAAAUGCUUUAGUAUUUAAGCAUUUCCAGAAAUCAGGUCAGGCCACUAUAUAUAUGUAUUUCUCAUUUUGAAGACCUAAGAAAAAUAUUUUUCCAGUGGAGAAUACCUAUAAUGUGGUGAAGAAAUCAUUGAAAAUGGAUCCUUUUUGAAUAUCACUUAUAUCAUGCUGUAUAUGACUAGGUAAACAAGAAUAAAAAGUAAUGGAAUGUAAAUGGAAUGAGUAGAAAUGGCAGUGUGGAUACACAAGGUGGAAUUUGAUCCUGUUAUCAUACCAACAGUUGCUUGUAUAUUUUCUGACUAUCAAUCUCUAAUAAGGCAGCUCUAUUUGUUGACUAUUUCUGCAAUUUGUAAAAGUACAAUCUAUGCUAAUUUAAUAAAGUGCUAAUCAUCUCUUUUUGAUUAUA